GGGGCGGGGCUUGUGCCACGAGGAAUGGCGGCCAGGGCGGAAGCGGAGUCCGAAGCCGGUGCCGCUGCUGAGUCUCCGGCCGCGUUGUCUCUGGAGGCGGCGCUGGUGGAGUCCAACUUCCAACUGACGCCGUCUGCGCGGAAGGCUCGGCCUUCGGACUUGGUGGCUCUAGCAGAGCAGGUGCAGAAGGCCGAUGAUUUCACCCGAGCAAAUGCCUGCAACAGACUGACCGUCAUAGCAGAACAAAUCCGGUACUUGCAGGAACAAGCCAGAAAGGUUUUGGAAGAGGCUAACAGAGAUGCUGAUCUGCACCACGUUGCCUGCAAUUUUGUGAAAAAGCCGGGCAAUGUCUACUACCUGUACAGGCGGGAUAGUGGCCAGCGCUAUUUCUCCAUGCUUUCACCUAAGGAAUGGGGGGCCAGCUGCCCAAGCGAGUUCCUUGGUGCCUACAAACUGCAGCACGACAUGUCCUGGACUCCUUCGGAUGACAUUGAGAAGCGUGACGCUGAGCUCAACGUUCUCGAGAAGCUGCUAAACCAGCAAGCGGCCCUACCCUCCUGCAGCGAGCCCAACUUCAGAGGCCUUACUAUGUAAUGGUGGACCUAGACCAACUCCUCCUCCCAACUCGGUGCCUUCCACACACUCAGUGGGACCACAACUCCCAUCAGUUUCAGCGUUGUUGUUGUUUUUGGACUACAACUCCCAUCAGUCCCAGCCGGUUCUACUUUCUGGUGCUGAUGGAAGUUGUAGUCCAAUAUAUCUGCAGGGCCCCAGGUUAAAGCAGCACAUGGAAGGCUGUAGCUGCAUACCAGGUCAAUCUUGCUGCUGAACAAGGAGGCUCCAUCCCAAUAUCAUCACAACUAAUUAAAACAAAACCAAAAACAUACACGAGAAUUGUCCUGCUGUAUCAGGGAUGGACAGAAGACAGAUCAGGAUUUGCUGGGAGAUCUGCAAUAGAUCAAGAAGAGGUUCUGACUCCUGAAUUACGUACGCUGCAUCCAAAUAAGCUAUCCUCCGAACAGAUCUGAUGAAAUUAAUAGUAAAUAUAUUGAAAAUAA